UAGAGAGCAGAAAAGCCCUUUGUGUUGAAAGUUCUUUGUCAGGAACUGUUCCUGGAGAACUACUUAUCACGGCUGCUUUGAAAAGUGUUUUCAUUUCAGUCUUUCUCCUCGUGGUGUUUUGAAAAAUUUAAUCGUUUCUUGGGUUUUUUUUUCAGUCUAAGUGCAUUAGAGUGAAAAAUAUGACACUCAGCAGCCUCCUUUAAGCCAAGUAGUUUUUAAAAGUAUGAGGCAUCUUUCCACAGGGGGCGCUAGAGCACUUUAAGGGAGAUGCAAUUCAAAUGUAAUAUGCAAUUCUGUUUGUGUUGGUGCGUGUUGUGGGAAGCUUUUGGUUUUUUUUUUGGAAGGACGAAUAUGAUUUGGCGCCACCUAUGUGUCAUGUGUCUACACUGCUACACUGAAUUCUGUGUCAGACAGUUCUGUGUUUUCUUACUUGUUAUUUUGUUCUUGUGUCUGCGCAGGUUCGACUAUCAGGAGCUCCUUCGCAACUCCACGUUCUGCCUGGUUCCUCGAGGACGACGUCUGGGAUCCUUUCGUUUCCUGGAGGCGUUACAGGCAGCCUGUAUACCAGUGAUCCUGAGCAACGGCUGGGAACUGCCCUUCUCUGAGGUCAUCGACUGGAGAAAAGCUGCCGUCAUCGGAGACGAGCGGCUGCUGCUGCAGGUUCCCUCCAUCACCCGCUCCGUGGGCCGCGACAGGAUCCUGGCUCUGCGCCAGCAGAUCCAGUUCCUGUGGGACGCCUACUUUUCCUCUGUAGCCAAAAUCGUCUUAACUACUCUGGAGGUGAGGCUGGGAGAACACAGGGCGAGAGUUCAUGGGAUUUCUGGAUUUAGUUUUUGUCAGGAGAGCUCCUUUAAUCAGACCAGACGCUCAAGUCUCCUCUUCUGUUCCGUCCUGUCCUGUUGUGUCCAGAUCAUCCAGGACCGCGUGGUCUCCCACGUGACGCGAAACCACUUGUUGUGGAACUCCCUCCCCGGUGGACUCUAUGCACUGCCCCAGUACUCUACGGACUCUGCCCAGUUCCCCUUUUACUACGCCAUGCUGGGUAAGAGCCCGUCACAGCAGUUCACAGCUGUGAUCCACACGGUGACUCCACUCCAGGCCCAGAUCUCCCCCGUGGUGAAGCUCAUCAUCGCUGUAGCCAAGUCCAAGUUCUGUGCACAAAUCGUGGUCCUGUGGAACUGUGAGAAGCCCCUCCCCCCCAGGAACAAGUGGCCCUCUACCAGCGUGCCUCUGACUGUCAUCGAAGGGCAGGCCAAGACGAUGAGCAGUCGGUUUUAUCCUCACGACGCCGUCACCACCGACGCUGUUCUCAGUCUGGAUGAGGACUCUGUUCUCUCCACCAAUGAGGUGGAUUUUUCCUUCCUGGUGUGGCAGAACUUUCCAGAACGUAUCGUGGGUUAUCCAGCCAGAAGCCACUACUGGGACAGCUCCAGGUCCCGCUGGGGCUACACCUCCAAGUGGACCAACGACUACUCCAUGGUCCUGACGGGGGCAGCGUUCUACCACAGAUAUUAUCACUUCUUGUUCACACACCUGGUGCCGACCGGUCUGCUGACCACGGUGGACAACAUGGCCAACUGUGAGGACAUCCUGAUGAACUUCCUGGUCUCGGCCGUCACCAAGCAGCCGCCAAUCAAAGUCACGCAGAAGAAGCAGUACAAGGAAACCAUGAUGAGUCAGGGCUCCAAGGCGUCCCGGUGGGCCGACCCCGACCACUUCGCCCAGCGUCAGACCUGCAUGAACGCCUUCAGUCAUUGGCUGGGCUUCAUGCCCCUGGUGCACUCACAGAUGAGGCUGGACCCCGUGUUGUUCCGGGACCAGGUUUCCAUGCUGCGUAAGAAAUACCGAGACAUCGAGAGGCUUUGAAGGAAGACAAUGAAACACACACACACACACACGCACCAGCUGAGACGUGUGUGUGUGUGUGUGUUCUGGUGUCGGACGCACACGUUUACGACACUGUAAAGAAACUCACAGCCGAACUGGACGAAAGUGAAAAAAUUAACAAAGCACUGAGGUGAGAACAACGAGUUUUACUGUGAUUUCCUGUGUGUGUGUGUGUGUGUGGGGGGGGUGACG